AUCCCCCUGCAUCAGAAUUCAACCUCCUGCUUGUCUCCCUCCUGGAGUUUCCUGCAACCCUCGGGGAUCAUUGGUGUUGCUCCCUCUGAUUCUCAUGAUAAUUCCACAUUUGUGAAGUCCUGCUAUCGCUAUGGAGAAAUACCAGAAGAUCGAAAAGAUUGGAGAAGGGACCUAUGGUGUCGUCUACAAAGCUCGUGAGCUUGUUCAUCCCAACCGGAUCGUUGCUUUGAAGAAGGUCCGACUAGAGACCGACGACGAAGGCGUUCCUAGUACAACUAUCCGUGAAAUAUCUUUAUUGAAAGAGUUAAACCACCCUAAUAUCGUUAGAUUGUUCAACAUCCACACAGAGGGCUAUAAGCUCUACCUUGUCUUUGAACAUCUAGACCUCGAUCUCAAGAAAUAUAUGGACGCUCUUCCUAUCAACGAUGGCGGACGUGGUAGAUCUCUCCCGAAUGGCUUAAGCGUGGAUCUGGGGCUAGGCGAAGCCAUGAUCAAAAGGUUCAUGUCCCAGUUAAUCGAAGGCAUUUAUUUCUGCCACAGUCGUCGGAUUCUGCACCGUGAUCUGAAGCCUCAAAAUCUUCUGAUCAAUCGUGAUGGCAGUCUAAAGUUAGCCGAUUUUGGAUUAGCAAGAGCUUUCGGUGUUCCUUUGAGAACUUAUACGCACGAGGUCGUCACGCUAUGGUAUCGCUCUCCGGAGAUUCUUCUCGGGGGUCCCCAAUAUUCAACGGCAGUGGAUAUGUGGUCAUGUGGCGCUAUCUUCGCGGAGAUGUGCAUGCGCAAGCCCCUGUUUCCUGGGGAUUCGGAGAUCGAUCAGAUUUUCAAGAUUUUCCGCCUACUUGGCACCCCCGAUGAGGAUUCUUGGCCAGGCGUUACUUCCUUCCCAGACUAUAAGCCAUCAUUCCCCAAGUGGAAGCGCGACAAGGACAACGCUCUUAUUCCCGGAUUGGAAAAGAAUGGGUUACGUCUUUUGGAUGCUCUUCUUGAAUUUGAUCCGUCACAGAGGAUGUCUGCCAAGCAGGCUCGCUCCCACCCCUACUUCCGGCAUGGACGCUCAGCUCAUAAAGAGUGAUUUGUGGGAAAUUGGUAUCUGGUGAAUAAGGCUGUGUAUGCCGGGCUAAUUGGGAGCCACUAGAUCAAGGCAUGGAUAUGUCGAUCCCGGAAAUUCUCUUUACUUUAAUUGAUACGUUUCUAUCUUGCAUCUGCGAGUUUGUAAGUAUCGAUGUUAUCAGGAAGAUAAUACGAAAUCAAAGGAAGGUUAAGACCGGUGAUGCCCAAAUUAAUGUUUCACUUAUCUCAAUUACGCCGUGCAGCUCGCAGAAAUCUCCGUCUCUGUCAGUAGCGGGCUUAAGGUCUUUGUCGGAAAACUGACAGUGAUCGUGGUUGACUCUUGGUAACCUCAAAAAUUGUAAAGGGACGACAAGCUUUACUCAUAAAUCAAGUACGAAGACAUGUAGAAAUGCAGAAAU